UCCGGACAGACAGACUAGAGAGGAAUUGAGAAACUGAUACUGACGACGUGCGACGUGCGAAACGCGACCACCGGCCAGCGCCCUUCCUCCUUGUUUUACAGUUUAGAGUUCCAUCACGUGAUCUUGUCUUCCUGCUUUAGGUCCGUCUUACGUCAUAUAGUUUCCUUCGGAUGAGCCCGACCUCGCUCGGCCCUUAUUGCGCUGUUCGGCCCGUUGUUUUGGUUAUAUACGGUCCAGCUCAACAGCUCUGAGCGCUCUGAGCUCUAGUGAUCUAGUGAUCUCGGUGAUCUUUGAUCUUCGAUCGGUUUGAGCUGAGGCCAACCCGUAAAAUCUUUAACAAAGAGGCAGCUCGUACGUACGCGGCUUAGCUUACAUUUUGAUCCACCCAGUCUGCCAGCCAGCCUCAAUCAUAUUUUUAUCACCUCGACUGGUCGAAACCCAAAGCGUCACUCCACCAUGCCACACCCGAAAGUGUACGGUCUCCCGCCAAACGUUGUCGCAGGGAUUCCCUCGCAAGCGGAACUGGACUCGUUCCCCCGCAUGUUCAUAUGGGACCAGUUGCGUACGUUCAUACUGGAAUGUGACCUAGGAGCGCUCAAACGGAAUCCAGAGUUACAACAACGCUAUGACAAGUGGAACAUCGAGCUCAAGAAGAUACACGGAACGGUCGAGAGAUACAUCUUGGACGUCAGGCUGCCCAAAGAGUUCACGGAGACGUACAACACCCCGGCUCCCACACGUCCGGCCACUCCGAGGGAGAACAACUGUGCAGAUGGCACGAGCGGGAAGGUCAUGAAGAAAGAAGAUGGAGAAUGGGUCAAGUUCGAGGAUCUCGAUGCUGAGGAUCUGUUGAAAGGAGGAAAGGGGAUGUGUCUGUUACCGAACGACUGGCCGUACAAUGUGCCGUAUGGCGUGCGACAUAGCAUUCUUUGGACCAGAAAACCGAUCUUUCACAAAGCAUUGCUCGACCACAACGAGGAUGCAUGGGCGAAGGUUCUCGAAGACGGCUUUUCGGGACUGACCGGUCGACCUGGACAUGACGAUUGGUAUACCCCUGGCGGGGAAGAGAUCCACAAAAUCGUAAAGAGCCUGUGGAACCCGGAAGAAUUCGAAUGUGCCUGGUUUGUCAAUCCGUGAGACAUCAAUUCUGCAGUAUUG